AAGGUCUGGCUACGCGAGACAAAUUGCAAGUCCCGGAUAUGAGUGAAGUCAGGAUGCAGGAGAUUGACUUGUCACAAGUUUCGAUGUCACAGCUCAGCCACUUGAAGACGCAAAUCGAACAGGAGGUUCAGUUUCUCUCAACUUCACUGCAUCAACUCAAGGCAGUGCAGCAAAAGUUUGCCGCGUCGAAAGACAUCCUGUCUAAGCUCGUGCCUGAGAAUGACGGAAAAGAGGCACUCAUCCCGCUCACCUCAUCCCUUUACGUUCCCGGCCGACUGUCUGAGACUAAUCGCGUUCUACUGGACAUUGGCACUGGAUACUAUACAGAGAUGAGUGUCGAUGACGCGAAGUCGUAUUUUCAACGAAAAGUUGAUUAUCUCGUUAAGCAAAUAGAAGGAAUCCAACCGACAAUGAAAGAGAAACAGAAAACGAGAGACAUGGUGCUUUCCGUUUUGCAAUCAAAAAUGCAGCAGCUCACUGCACAAGUGAGAGGACAGUCGUCGUGAUUCACAUCAUCUGUACUGGUGUUUGUUACAGAUAGUUUGGUAAACAUAUUCUUUCUAUCUCUGUCUGACUUGGUAAAACAUAUACAUGACUGUUGAUGUACAUUACUGUAUAUCUUCGAGUUUGUCAGCUGAUCUAUUGUAUGUUGCAUUUUGUUAGUACUUAGUGUAUGUUUGAAA